GCGCCGUCGACUGGCCAGUUUUUUGGUGUCGGAGGCCAAUAUUUACUUCGGGUCACUGCAACACAGCAGUAAGUAAGGAAGUAUAUCUAUGCCAACUUUGACUAUUUGAUGAUGACUUGUAGCCCGAAAGUCCCGCGUUCGAUUUGAUACAGAAGUGGUUGUUCGGUGAAUUGUGAUGGCAUUGCGUUGUCGUUUGUUGACGCGAUGCAUAUGCGAUGUGCACACAACAAUAGCAAAAUGCGCUAUUGUAGGCGUAGGUCGGUAUAGUAGCUUGGUUAUCCUUUAGGUUAACCAGUCCUGUUUUUUGUAGACUGAUGCUAUUGAUUAAAAAACUCGGUGAGCCUCGUUCAGAUGCCCUAAGAACCACAUCAAACAUAUCUAUAGCAGCGCUUAAUUCACCAAUAAACAAAUCAGUGUUAGUAAACGGUCCCAAGGACCAUAUCGUUUAUUUAGUCAUUGAGAUCAAUGAAUCGAGUGGACAAUGAAUUUGAAUUUGCGUCGGGCCGCGGUUGGUCGAGUAAUUUGCGCACGCUGUGCUAAUCAAGCACUAAACAAGGCUCUUAUUCACUUUUACUUAGCAUUUGUCUCAAGAAACCAGUAUAAAAGUGAUCUCCGAUUAGGCAGAAUUGUAAAAGAUCUCGAGGUCACGCGUAUGUUGGUAUUUUGCGACGAUACGCUAUAUCGAUGAGAAAAACAGUUCAGUUUAUUUCUCGAGCCGCAGUGUCAAAGUGAGUUGCCUGGGCUUUGCUUGUGCCUAUGAACUACCUACCUAAACUAAUUGAAAAAAAAACGUGAUUUAGUGAUCGAUUAAAAAUCGAGCCGUUCUUAAGGAUCGAUUGUGUUGUGCCAACAGGUACAUGAGGUACAGGGCGUGAUGUGAUGAUUCUACCUUUGGUUGGAAAUUAAGUACCUAAGCAUGACGACUUACGGACGUUGGACCCUGUAUGAUGGCGGUAUGGAAAAUGUACAGUGCAUGGCGCGAGCAUUGUACGACAACAUAGCUGAGUCGCCCGACGAGUUGGCGUUCCGGCGCGGCGACCUGCUGACCGUGCUGGAGCAGAAUACGGGCGGCAGCGAGGGCUGGUGGCUGUGCUCGCUCAGAGGACGCCAGGGAAUAUGCCCGGGCAACCGCCUGCGUAUCGUAGCGGGCGUAUUCGACGCAAGCGCGGCGUUGCAGCGGCGGCGCGCGCGCACCCCCGCGCCUGUUGCGCACCAACCACUGCCGGCGCAGCAGUCCCCGGCGUUCACUAAGAUAGAAGAAUGCUCACAUUACGAUGUGCCUCGCGCGCCCAUGCCAGUGCAGAGGAUUGGCAACUAUGACUCCCCAAGGCCCAUCGGUGACUGGUAUGAUGCGCCGCGCGCGCCCCGUCCUGCCAGCGCAGACUCAGCGUGCAGCGGCACCGGCUCCCUCACAUCGGCUACAUCCAGUGCAUCCGCCAACUCGGGCAGCUCCGCACACUCGAGCACGUAUGACGUGCCGCGGUCGCGCGCCCUGCCGCUGCCCUGUGAUGCGGCGCUUGAGGCUUUGGAGAGAUUACAGGAGGAAGCGUCAGCGGCAGUGUCUCGGCUGCUGUCGUACGUGACGCCGGGCUGGCGGCGGCGCGGCGCGCUGCGGCCGCGCGUGCUGGACGUGCGCGUGGCGGGCGCGCGCCUGCGCGCCGCGCUGCACGACCUCGCCGUGUUCGCGGAUGCCACGCUCGCCAACGCGCAUGAUGCGCAGGACAAAGGCAUCGCAGUAAAGCUACGGCCAUUAGUAAAAGCCCUGAAGGACGCGGAGCGCAUAACGCACGAGGCGACAUCAGCGCUAGACGCGGGCGACUGGGCGCCCGAGCGGUUAGAACGCGAGCGAGAACCAACAGACGGGACGCAAGAUGCCCUGGACCAGCUGGUAGCCUGCGCGAGGUCCUUGACAGAGGAUGUGAGACGAGCGGCUUCAUUUAUACAUGGGAAUGCGUCGCUGUUAUUCAGGCGGUCAGCGGGCACUGUUCCAGAGCACGAAUGGACGGAAGAAUACGACUACGUCCGCCUAGAAUCGCGUACGGCGGUGGGGCGGCGGAACGCCGAAAUCCGCGCUGCGCUACCUGACAAGCUACGGGCGUCCUUCGACGCGCUUGUGAGGGACGCCGACCAUGCUGGCGAGGUCAGCGCAGUAGCAGCAGCGACGCGGCUGCCCGCCGACGACCGUCAGCUCGCCGCGUUCUACGCGGCGCAGGCGGCCACGUACGGAGCGCACCUCGCCACCGCCGUCGAAGCAUUCUUACGGACUGUGGAAAUGGGCCAGCCGCCUGAUGUUUUCCUCGCGCAUGGAAAGUUCGUCGUGCUCAGCGCGCACCGGAUUGUGCACGUCGGGGAUACGGUCCAUCGGAGCGCCCAACACGCCGGCUUAAAGUCACGAGCUCUCCGAUGUUCCGACGCGCUGUCUGACGCGCUCGCCGCCACCGUCGCCAAGACCAAAUCCGCUGCUCAACAGUUCCCUUGUGCAAGCGCCGUGGCGGAGAUGGCCGAGGCCGCGCGAACGUUAGCGGCGCGAGCACAGGAGUUAAGGCGGGUUCUGGUCCGCGCCGCCGACCCGCCGGCGGACACGCCGCUCACCCCCGCGACGGCCGUCGCCCCCUCCGCACCCACCACCCCUCUGACGCCCUGCACGCCGCACAACCCUACUCCACCUUCAUUGGCCACUCUACAGAUAUAAUAGUGGAAAUGAACAAUCCUUUUGAAGGAAACUAAAGCCAGUGACGUCCUUGUGAAUGUGAAGUACCAGCGGAGUUAUUUGGAGUGUCCGACGGACGGUUCUUUUGAACGUUAGGCUGUGAAAAAUAUCACGUUGGCUAUGUUGAAAGCGUUUUGGUGUUGGAUUAAAGACAAUUGUAUGUAAAGUUUAUACAAGUUUAAUAUAAUCUGCUGCGCAGGUCUUGAUGUUUGGUAUUAAAAUGACGCCUCUAUUUGAGGUUGACGGACAGAUAUAAAAACCUAGUGAACUAUGCUAAAAGGUACGGUGCAUAUGGUGUUAAAGUUAAAACGUACCUACAUAAGUUAUGUAAGAAAACUAGAAAAGCAAGGCACAAUCGUUAUUGAUCAAGGAGUUUGAAUGCGAAUCAUUACCAAAGAAUUGUCGAGAUAGUACCCACGUAGCUACAAAAUGUAAACACGACUGCCAUAAUGACGACGAAAUAGUUGUAUUUAAUGUUAGCAUAAAUAUGAUCUACUUACAAUAAAUUAAAGGCUGCCAUUAGUAAUUUAUAGGGUUCCGAUAGUUACCCUGCUAUACAAAGACGCGCAAGAGAAUCAAGUGAAGGUAAUGACAACGCAUUUUGAAUGGAUACUAUAGUAAAGAUACAAAGUGAUGAAUAAAUUAUUCUAGCACAGACGUCUAAACUUGUGAUAAGCCUGACUCAUCAGAAGCUAUUGAACUUCUCGCUCCUUAUAAGGCCCGACCCAUUAUCGCCAUGGCACGGCAAAGGAUCCUUCCGCAUAUUACCGAGGCGUCCUCAGACAUGCCGAGGCUUCCUCAGACAUGCCGAGGCGACCUCAGGCAUGCCGAGGUGUGCUUGGGAAUGCCGAGGUAUCCCUCAAGAUGUCCAGAAAUGCUAAGAACGCCUCGGCAUGUUUAAGACAUCUUGGUAUGCUUGAGGGAUGCUUAGGCAUUGACAAACACACGUCAGCGGCUUGCCGAGGGAUCCCUUGCCGUGCCACGCCGAUAGUGGGCGCCGGGCCUUAGUUGAAGUUUUCAAUUGAGCUUUUUUAAGCUAAGGAGCCGUGAUGAACUACCAUUACGAUGUCAAUUUAUUGACAUUUAUUAUCUACCUAGCGUUUGGUCUUAUCACAUGUUUAGUAAAACGUUUAUCGAGGACUAUUGCGUUGGUUUUUUGAAAGAAGAGACAUGAAUAUUGGUACUAAUACUAUCGGGAUCCUGCUCGGAUCAACGUAGUUUGUAUGCCUCGGCGAAUUUAUUUAAACGACACGGAUGUCAACUGUAAGAUUUUAAUUGCUGGAUGCUCAUUUGCAGUAGUGAGUUGAGUUGUCCGUCCAGAUUUUAUACAAUUUUGCAUCAGCUAGUUACUACUCAUAAUAGAUUGUGUACGUGUAAAAGUGUACUUUAUGCCGAAGGUAUAGCAUUUCUUUUCUAACGAUCGGCUAGUUGUCAUAUCUUAAAUGUUAAUAUCAUAAGUAUAAUAUCAUCGCACAAUUUUAUGUCAGAUUUUGAUAUUAUACUACUGGGCCCUAAUGUAUAAAGCUACAAAUUACUUUUUUCAAAGAUUGUCAAGCGCUGACAAGAAAUUUGUAAUUUUGUAACUAGUAGAGCUUUAUUAAAUAGGGUCCUGGUGCUGUUUUUCUUGUUGGUGCCAUUUUUAUGUUGGAAGACUUAAUAAUAUACUAUACGUGAAUAAGACUAUGAUUUGUUCUGAAAGAACAAAAAUGUUCCUGAAACUUGCCUCACGAGUCAGCGUGCAAAUAUAACCGGUAUUUGGUAGCUAAAAUCCAGUGGUAAGAGGACCAGCAACCACGUUUUACGAUCGCGAUUGACUCAUCACUAGAAUACGCUCAAACUAUAAAUGUAUUAUGUUAAACGAGUCCUUUGGAGUCCUGACAAUAAAAGGGCCAUUCCACGCGGAUUAAGAAUCUGCCUUUUUACGGUCUCUGAUAUUCUGCUAUGAAUCUUUCAUUAACCAUAGCCAAUAAUUAGAGACCAUAGAUAUUUAGAUUCUUAAUUUAAGAUGCGUGUGGUAUACCUAGCCCUCAUACAAUUUGGAUUAUGAGUCAGAAGAUAAAAGAUUCUACGCAUUAUAACAUUAGAGUAACCUAUCCUAAAUUAGUCACCUUUUCACAGUAAUUCUGGUAAUAUCGAUCGAUAUCGGGAGAGUGGCUAGUUUUAGGCAGGUUAUCCAAGUUUAAGUGUUAAUACUAACUCCAUUGCACUCUAAAGCUUGUCAAAUAGACUCAUGGCUCAUUACUUAAUCUUAACACUACUACAUAGCAUUGUGUAUGUAUGUACGUACUUAUGUUUUGUACUUUAUACAUAAACAUACUAGAUAAAAGUAGUCUAUGUAAAAAGCAUGUUGUAAAUUAGCAAUGUGUAAUAUAUUUCAAAUAGGUGUCGUAGUUUAGUUAGUUAUAGAUGGAAAUUGUACAAAUGCAUAUUUAAAAAUAUUAAUUUUAAUAUUGAAUUAUAAUUUAUCAUCAUGUAAAAUGCAAUUAAGUAAAAUAUACAAAUUUUCGUAUCUAAA